UCAAAAAAAAUUAAUAAAAAUUUUAAGAAAAAAAAGUUCAUGAUCAUCAUAGAAAACAAAAGCAGCUGAUCAACAAACUGAUAUAUGAACUAUAACAUUGAAUUUUGAAUAAAAUAAAAAUUGUUUUUUAUAUAAAAAAAAAAUUGGUUUAGAAUACGCAAAACAAUUUGUUUAAAAUCCAAAAUCAAGGAAAAUAAGGAAUUGAAGACCAAGGAAACACCCUAAAAUUUUCACAAAACAUGUAAACAUUAAAAGGCGAUCUCACAAAAAAAAAAAUCAACCAUUCUUUAAUAUUUUUGUUACAAUUACUGUUACUAAUAAUAACAACUUGCAUAAAACACAAUUGACUUUAAGAAUAACAAUUGAAAAGAAAAAUAAAACCAGCAAUAAAAUCACAAAUAACAAUAGCAAAAAUGUUAAGUUCAUUGCAAAUUUUAAAUCAUGUAUCACCAUUAGAUUUAAUGGCGGCAGCUGCUGCUGGACAUUAUUCACAUUUAGCAACUGGUUUACCAACUGGUGGACGAAAUAAUUAUCCAAAUUCAUUAACAUCACCAUCAGCAGCAGCAGCAGCGGCAGCAGCAGCAGCAGCAGCUGCCGCAGCUGCAGCAGCAUCAAAUGGUACAGUUAAUCAUUCACAUUUACAUUCACAUCAUACAGCAUCACAACAUAAUAAUUUAACACAUCAAAUGCAUCAUCAGCCAACAGUAUCAACAUCAGAUCCAUUGGCAAAUGAAUGUAAACUUAUUGAUUAUCGUGGUCAAAAGGUUGCUGCAUUUACAAUAUCCGGUGAAACAAUGUUAUGUCUUCCACAAGCUGUUGAAUUAUUUUUAAAGCAUGCUGUUGGUGGGCCACAUACCGUUUAUUGUAAAUUAAAAAGAUUGGAUAUUGAACCGCUUGUAUGUAAUGUUGAACAAGUUAGAGUAUUAAGAGCUUUAGGGGCAAUUCAACCAUUUGUUAAUCGUUGUAAAUUAUUAUCAGUUAAAGAUUUUGAUACUUUAUUUGAUGAUUGUACAACAAAAACAAUCUCAAAAGCGGGUAGACCAGCAAAAAAAAUAUUUUCACCGGGAGAAUUUGGUGAUUAUUCAGAUCUUCAGAAAUACAAAACUGAUUCCCCUGAUAACUUCUUUAAUAAUGAAAAUCAUUCAACACAACAUUUAUUAUCGAAAAGCUUUAACAAUGAGACAGCACAAUUUCAAUAUAAUCAACAGCAGCAGCAACAGCAACAACAACAGCAAUUAAAUCAAUUGGCAUUAAUGCGUCAAUUUAGUACAUCUGCAGCAGCACGUCAACAAGAAGGUCAACCGUUCAAUUUAAAUGGUCCUUUACAUCAACGUCCAUUGGAUAAUUUGGCACGUCUCGAUAGUUCAAUAAUGUUAAAAUUAGCCAUACAAACUGGUAUGCCACCAGAUGAACUUGAAGCUAUGAUACGUUCUGGUAUGUGGGGACAAUCAUCAAAUGAAGAUUUGGUUAAGAAUUUGGAACGUUACAGAUUGGGUGAACUUGUUAAAUCAACAACAUCAGAUCAUUCAGAUACUCGAGAUCAUAAUCAUGAACGUGAUAAUCCGGCAUUAAAUUUAUCAUCAAAAACAACAUCCGAUAAUCAUAUUAAAGAUAAUGUUAAUGAUGGUGAAAGUGUUUAUAAUGUGAGUAAUAGAAGUGAUUCACCAACACCACAACGCCAUUCAAGCUCAAAUGAUAUGAGAAAUGAAUCAACCGAUGAUUUAUCUUUAAUAUCUGAUGAAGAAAAAUCUGAUAAUAAUCCAGAAUAUAAUAAGGAAUUGAAAAGAAGAGCUAAUGAAAUUGUUAAUAAAACUUUACCAUAUGAAAGAGAUGAUUUGCCACCACCAAAUGAAUUUGAAUCUGAAGGAAAUAUUUCGAUUGGUGCAUUACUUUGGAAUAUUCAAAGUUUAUUAAAAAUGGCCACUGAUAAUGCAAGACAACAUGAAAAACAAAUGCUCUAUGAAAAAGCUGAAUUAAGAAUGGAUAUUGUUAAAGAGAAAGAAGUUAAAGAUUCUUUAGAGAAACAAUUGGAAGAUGAACGUAAACUUAGAAUUUUAUAUCAGAAACGAUACAGUCGAGAACGAAAAUUGGGUAUUAAAUUGAGACGAAGACUUGAAAUGAAAUUACGUUCAAAAAAAGGAAUUGAUCGUAAAGAGAAAAAUAAAAAUGAAAGAGAGGAAGAAGAACAACCCGAGAAAAAAAAUCAAGAACAAGAAAAAACUCAAACUGAUGAUGAAUUAGAUAAAGAGAAAACUUAAGUUGCAAAUUCCAAAACCUUAAUGGCUUUGCUAACACACUUUUUAAAGGAAAGUUAAGGAAUUAAUGUAUAAAUGAAUACAUUUAUAUUUUUUUUUUUUUUUAGAUUUAAUGAGUAAAUAAAAUUGAAAAUUAAAUAAAAUUAAAAUUAUAAUCGCAUGUACCCUUUAAGCAUAAUGUUAAAAUUAAUUUUGUAAAUAAAAAGUAAAAUUUCGAUAAAGUAAUAAGAAUAAUAAAAAUCGUUUCAAAACGAAUUAAAGGUAGA